CUAUGAGAUUUCAACAUGAAGAAUGUCACAGAAGUCAAUGAGUUUGUGUUGAAGGGCUUCACAGACAUCAAUGAGCUGCAGAUCUUCUUCUUCGUCCUAUUUCUAGUGUUUUAUUUUUUCACUCUCAUGGGAAACUUAGGCCUGAUUAUCCUAGUCAUUGGGGAUUCCCGGCUUCACAACCCCAUGUACUAUUUUUUGAGUAUGCUGUCUUCAGUGGAUGCCUGCUACUCCUCUGUAAUUACCCCACAGAUGCUAGUAACAUUUAUGUCAAAGAAGAAAGUCAUUUCAUUUAUUGGAUGUGCAAUGCAGAUGUUUCUUGCUGUUACAUUUGGAACUACAGAAUGCUUUCUGUUGGCUGCAAUGGCUUAUGAUCGCUAUGUCGCCAUCUACAAACCACUUCUGUACUCAGUGAGCAUGUCUCCAACAGUGUAUGUGCCACUCAUCAUUGCUUCCUAUGCUGGUGGAAUCAUGCAUGCUACCAUACACACAGCGGCCACUUUCAGCCUGUCGUUCUGUGGAUCCAACGAGAUCAGUCACAUUUUCUGUGACAUCCCUCCACUACUGGCAAUUUCUUGUUCUAGCACGCACACAAACCAGCUUCUGCUCUUCUUCUGUGCUGGAUCUGUUGAAAUCAUGACUAUCCUGAUUGUCCUGGUCUCCUAUGGUUUCAUUCUGUCUGUUAUUCUGAGGAUAAGCUCUUCUGAAGGGAAAAGGAAAGUCUUUUCUACAUGUGGUUCUCACUUAACUGGAGUAUCCAUUUUUCAUGGCACUGUUCUUUUCAUGUAUGUGAGACCAACUUCCAGCUAUGCCUUGGAGCAUGACAUGGUAGUGUCAAUAUUUUACACAAUUGUCAUCCCCAUGCUGAAUCCUGUCAUCUAUAGCUUGAGGAACAGAGAUGUACACAUGGCAAUACAAAAAGUUUUAAUGGAGAGCUGGUUCGUAGUAAGAGAGAAGGUUAUCGAAGAUACCCCAUUGUACCAUUACCUUCAGGAACGGUCACACUGCUCUGGCUUUGCCAUGUAA